AUGGAGAAAUACGAGAAGCUUGAGAAGGUUGGAGAAGGAACGUAUGGAAAAGUGUACAAGGCGAAGGACAAGGUAACUGGGCAAGUGGUUGCUCUGAAGAAGACACGUUUGGAGAUGGACGAAGAAGGUGUGCCUCCAACGGCUCUCCGAGAGGUUUCACUCCUUCAGAUGUUAUCACAGUCCAUUUACAUCGUUCGUCUUCUCAACGUUGAGUAUGUAGACAAGGUCCUAAAGACAAAGCCAGACACCACUGCUGCUGCUGGUGGUGGUUCUAACCCUAACCACACCAAAUCCAUUCUCUACCUUGUCUUUGAAUAUCUUGACACUGAUCUCAAGAAGUUCAUUGAUUCACACCGCAAGGGCCAAAACCCUAGACCCCUUCCCCCUUCCCAGAUACAAAGCUUCCUCUUCCAGCUUUGCAUGGGUGUUGCACAUUGCCAUAGCCAUGGUGUCCUCCACCGUGAUCUCAAGCCCCAGAACCUUCUUCUUGAUCAGAAAAACGGUAUUCUCAAGAUCGCUGAUCUUGGCCUUGGACGUGCCUUUACUGUCCCUCUUAAGAGUUACACUCAUGAGAUUGUCACCCUCUGGUAUAGAGCACCUGAGGUUCUUCUUGGCUCCACCCAUUACUCAACUGGGGUUGACAUGUGGUCUGUCGGAUGCAUCUUUGCUGAAAUGGUCAGAAGGCAAGCUCUUUUUGCAGGGGAUUCUGAGUUCCAGCAGCUCCUUCACAUAUUCAAGGUUUUGGGGACUCCAACAGAGGAGCAAUGGCCAGGAGUUACUUCUCUGCGUGAUUGGCAUGUCUACCCACGGUGGGAACCUCAGAACUUGGCAGGGACUGUGCCGACCUUAGGACCUGAGGGAGUAGACCUUCUUUCGAAAAUGCUCAAGUAUAAUCCUGCCGACAGGAUAUCUGCCAAAGCAGCACUUGAUCAUCCCUACUUUGACGGUCUUGACAAGUGUCAAUUUUAA